AUGGGGUCGACGAAUUUCGGUAAUUUCGACGCGUUCUGCCGCGAUUCGACUUUACCUGUCUGCAACGUUCUCUCGGAGAGUCAUACUCAACGAGGCGGAUGGGGUGGUUGCGAACUACGAGGCAUCCCUCUUUCUGGCGAUGACCGUUACUUGGGAAAUCUAGGGUCGAUAUUACUUUGCGGCAUCGCCAUUGUCGUGUCAAUAUGGCUAUUGUUACGCUCGGAAAGAAAGAAGGCUGCAGUUGGCCGGAGGGAGAUGCAAUUGUUCCUAAUCGGUUUCAUCAUAAUCGAGAUAUGUGAAAUAUUCACUGUCGGGGAGUUUCCUCUCAAUGCGACAGUAAGGAUUGCCUUCACUGGAAUCCAUAUCGGAAUGAUUAUUGCGACGACAUGGAUUCUACUACUCAAUGCUAUUGUAGGAUAUCAAAUCCUUGAUGAUGGCACGCCACUUUCCAUAGGACUCAUGCUCCUCUCUGGUGCUGUCCUUUUUGUCGGUACCGGUUAUAUCACUCUCGAUACGGGAUAUCACUGGACAAGCAAAUUUAUUACCAGGGCCGACGAUCAUUAUCGAAAUAUCGCGCUUUACGUGCUUUACCAGCUUGCGCCGCUCGUUUUUCUUGUUGCCUUCUACGUUUUGGAAGCUAUCCUCGUCCUCAGAAUCCUGGGUGAGAUCCGACCCAUGCUUUACCUCACAGGCGCUGCCGUUUUGUUUGCCAUAGGCCAGAUCUUCAACUACGUUAUCAGCCCGUACAUCUGUAACGGUACCAGUGGCAAGAUUGACGGGGCGUUAUUUCAGACGCUCUUCACGUUACUCGCGGUCGUGAUGGUAUGGGCAUUCUGGUCGAGCAUUACCGAAGACGACUGGCCGAUUGCCAGCCAGCCUACAGGCUAUCCUUAA